AUGUUGCCUCCCGUGCCAAAUCCCUCCGAGUUUGGAAUCACUCCCGACUAUGGUUUCCUCUCUCCAGAACUUCCCUUGGAGGUUCUCCCCGAUCCUUAUUAUGCCGAAUGGGAGAAUAUAAUUAGAAAUCUCCAUCCUUUGAUAUUAAGCAAACGUCUACAGUCUGUGGUACAUCAUCUCCCUAUACUUUCUGUUACACACCUACAGACAGACCCCGAGUGGCGUCGGGCAUAUGUCAUACUGGUCUUCAUACUGCAUGGCUAUGUAUGGGGUGGCAAUUCACCCACAGAGAGGAUUCCACCUCAACUUACAGUCCCCUUAUUCCAAGUCUGUGAACGACUCGAAUUACCUCCCGUGGCAACCUAUGCUGGAGUUUGCCUUUGGAAUUACAAGCCGAUCUUCUCCCACGAGCCAGCCACCCACUUGGAAAACCUAGCUUGUCUACAAACCUUCACUGGGUCUCUAGAUGAACAAUGGUUCUAUCUAGUUUCAGUCGCCAUAGAAGCACGUGGCGCCCCUUCUAUCCCCGUGAUGCUGAGAGCCAUCGCCGCGGCCCGCACAGGAAACACCCAGAUUGUAACCGAGUGUCUACAGCGACUAGCCGAGACCAUCGAUGAGACCAACACCUUGCUACAGAGGAUGUAUGAAAAUUGCGAUCCCUAUGUCUUCUACAACCGCAUCCGCCCUUACCUAGCCGGAAGUAAAAACAUGGGUGAUGCCGGACUGCCAAACGGGCUACUGUACGACGACGGCCACAAACCCGAGUAUCGACAGUACGGAGGAGGCAGCAACGCCCAAAGCUCCCUCAUUCAAUUCUUCGACAUUGUCCUCGGAGUGGAACACCGACCAACCGGUACAAGUCGCAAUGACAAUCCGAGCACUAGAGACACCAAGGCACGAAAUAGCUUCAUCCACGACAUGCGCACCUACAUGCCUGGUCCGCAUCGACGAUUCCUGGAACAGGUUGACUCGAUAGCAAAUAUCCGCUCCUUUGUCGAGGCGCGACGUGGAGACUCGGCCUUGUGCAUGGCCUACGACGCAUGUCUCGCCAUGUUGCGCGUUCUCCGCGAUAAGCAUAUCACCAUUGUCUCCCGCUAUAUUAUUCUGCAGUCCCGCAGUGCACGCCAGCCGUCUCAGCCUGUCAACCCAAGCGUCCCAGCGACGACGAACCUUGCAAGUGCGGCUCCAACUGACAAGAAGAAGCUGCGUGGUACCGGUGGCACGGCACUCAUUCCGUUCCUGAAGCAAGCUCGGGAUGAAACUGGGGAGCCUGCCAUUGAUGUCUGGGCACGACGGCUGCUGAGCAAUGGCCCUGCAGAUAAGAAGUUUGCUUCGCUGAGCAAGGUUGGCGAGCAACCAGAUGGUCAUCUUGAGGUUGUCGGUCUCUGUGGUACAUGGACAGCUGAAGAAAAUGAGGGUGGAAUUUGUCACUGGUAG